GCAAGAUGGUUCUCGGCGUGUUCCUAACGGAGAUCAUAGUGGCGUUCCUGCUGGCCGGCACUCUGCUCUUCAAGUACGGAAACGUGUUCCGACACCACAUCGCGGUCACCAUCUCCGUGCUGAUAGCUUGGUACUUUUCCCUGCUGAUAAUCUUCAUACUACCGCUGGACGUUUCUUCGACCGUGUUCAGGCAGUGCGUGGAGCAGAAUAUACACAACAGCACCAAGGAUCCCAACAACACGACCUCCGCGCCGAUCACCUGCAAGGAGCCCUGGCCCAACGUGCCGGAGAACGUAUUUCCAAAUCUGUGGAGGAUAGUCUACUGGACGUCGCAGUGCCUGACGUGGCUGAUACUCCCGUUGAUGCAGUCUUACAUAAAAGCGGGAGACUUCACCGUGCGCGGCAAGCUCAAGUCCGCUUUAAUAGAUAACGCCAUAUAUUACGGCAGUUACUUGUUCAUAUGCGGCAUACUCUUGAUAUACAUUGCGCUGAAGCCUGGCUUAGAUCUCGACGGGCAAAAAUUGAAAGCCAUAGCGUCGUCUGCGUCCAAUACGUGGGGCCUGUUCCUGUUGGUCCUACUGCUCGGCUACGCCCUUGUGGAGGUACCUCGAGGACUAUGGAACGCCAGCAAGCCUGGGUACACUUUGAGCUACAGCUAUUUCAAGGUGGCGAAGCUAAGUUUGGACAAGUGCGAGGCGGAAGAGACGGUGGACGACAUACUCGAGUCGCUGCAAAUCGCGACGAUAUCCAUCGGGCCCGGCCAUCCGUUCCACUGCAACCUGGAAACGAUCUUUCAAAAGAUACCCGCAGAGCUGAAGGAUAGAAUGAACCGAAGGCAGUUGCCCGAUGACACUCCAACAGAUACGCCUACUGAAAAGUCUCUUAUUCGUCUACAUAGACAGACUAUAAAAGCGCUGCAGACUUUGCAGCGCAUAGAAACUCAAUGGGGCAUUUUAGUGGAUAAGAUAUUUGAUCUGGAAGAUGUGGCGAAGAAUCAAGUGAGUCAUGAUAGAAGAUUUAAACAGUGUUUCCCUAUGCAUCGUUCGCUUCCGUUUCGUAUUAUUUACAAUCCCGUCGUCGAAUGGUACUGGAAGUGUAUCGUGAAGAAUUACGUUUCAAAGGUGGCUGCCGUUUGCGCCGGCUGCUUGUCGGUAGCCGUGGUGUGGUCGGAAGUGACAUUCUUCAACAAGUCUCCCGUGUUGUCCUUAUUCGCCCAGUUUCUCAAUUUAGCCAAGAGAAAUUACGACUAUUUCACGAUAGAGGUACUGUCCACGCUGAUCAUCGCAUACCUCUGCUAUUGCGCUUAUUCGACAGUCUUGAAGAUACGAGUGCUGAAUCUCUAUUACUUGGCGCCUCAUCAUCAAACGAACGAGUACAGUCUGAUAUUCAGCGGCAUGAUGCUGUGCCGCUUAACUCCGCCCAUGUGUCUGAAUUUCCUCGGACUUAUUCACAUGGACUCUCACAUUAUCAAAACACAUAUCCUGGAGACGCACUAUACACAAGUGAUGGGCCAUAUGGAUGUCAUUUCCAUAAUAUCCGAUGGAUUUAACGUGUACUUCCCUAUGGCGAUUCUGGCGUUCUGCUUGGCGACAUAUUUUAGCAUAGGCAGUAGAUUGCUUUCCAUGCUAGGCUUUCAGCAAUUCCUCGACGACGACGAGUUCACGACGGAUCUCGUGGACGAAGGACGAGAACUUAUAAAAAGAGAGAGACGUAAGCGGCAAAGAGCGGAGGAUUCUUUGUACAGACGACGCGAGAUGCAGGAGAGAUUUAAUAUUUCGGUGGGUGCAGGAUCGCGUUACAGGACAUCUCGACAAAGCACGGACACUGUACGGCCGUUAAAGCGGGACGAGUCAGUCGAGUCCGCGAGAGCGGGCCUGUUGCACGACUUCGACCCCACGGACUAUUACAUCGGUAUGACCUUCGGCGGAGACGGUUACGGUGCAAAUCGGUGCGAUGUGGAAAACCAGGGCGAUAUCGAUUCGUUCGAUCCAAGUAACGCGAGGGCAUUCCCCACGAGUACAAGCCGCGUAGGCCCUCCACCCAGGGGACUGUUUGACGAUAUCUAAAAGGGACGACAUUUUUGCAAAUACAAUUUUAGGUGCUAUUAUAGAAGUCAAUUGGCUUUUAAGGAUUUACACGACGUUCGAGCCGCGCGAUGGCUCGUCGAAGUAGCGCGACGGAUUUUACUAAACAUGAAACGUAAGGCUUUACAUACCUGUAGUAUUUUCAAUCUGAGUACUAGAUAGGGAGCACGCGGAUUGAAGUUUUACCAUUACGAGAUAUAUUUCUAACUUAUUACACACGAAGAAAUUAUAGACUAAGAAUUAAAGUUGUUCGAAACAGGAACUCGGGGGGGGGGGGGGAUUUUUUUUACGACCUGUAACGUGAUUACGGUGGAUAAGAUCAGUGAUGAUGCGAUGAAUGUUCGAUUUAUUGUUAGCAUUAAUAUGUAUAUUACGUUUACUAGGGCAAAUAUAUUUUUAUCUCUCGACUAUCCCCUUAAGAUUUGUAUAGUUUGAUUUAUGUUGAAGUUAAUAAAUAAUUUAUAUGAUUUUUUAAUCAUA